AGGGAGGGGGGGGAGCAUAGAAAAAGAAGCUAAUUUCUCCCAGUUUUUAAGCGUAUUAAAGAUGGAUUUGGAUUCUAUGAAAUAUGGGGAGCUACGUGGUCUAGCAAAACAUCUGGGUCUAAAGGCUAAUAUGAAGGCUGACAGAUUGUUGGAAGCCAUUAAAAAGCAUUUUGACCAACAAAGGAGUACUGAGGAAGAUAAGGUAGAAGAGACGAAGGCUGAUGGCACCGCUGAGGUGAAGGCAGACGAAUCCAAGGAGGUGGUUUGCAUGGCUUCAGACAAGAGCAGCCAAAUGCAGAGGGACAAGGAUGAAGCAGUAGGUCGUCAAGCAGUGAGCACAGAGCAACGAACUAACCUGAAGUUUCUGGUCCGGUUGGGGAAAAGUCCGUCCGAAGCACUGGGAUUGCUGCAGCAAGUGUACGGAGAUGAAACCAUGUCGCGCUCGCGUGUUUUCGAGUGGUGCAAGAGGUUCAAAGAGGGACGCGAGGACGUGGAAGACGACCCCAGGAGCGGAAGGCCUUCGACGAGCAGGACUGAGGCCAACAUCGAGCGCGUCAGACAGAUGCUGCGUGGCGAUCGUAGGUUGACAGUGCGGUUGAUCGCAAAUGAGCUGGGCAUGAACAGGGACAACGUCUGGAAGAUUAUCACUGAAGAUUUGGGCAUGCAGAAAGUCUGACACUUCCCGACUGAAUGAGAAGGAGUGAAUGAUUCCUUACGGAUGUAGUUGCCUUUCCCUUGCACUCCCUAAUCACUAUAUAGGCAUUUUUUUAGUGGACUUUGGUGAACUGUACUGAUGAAAAAUGUCAGGGAAAGCCUACCAGAACAUCUAAACUUUAUUUGGGAUUAAUCAGCGGCACUUUCAAUGUUGACAGGUGUGUGCUGACUCCCAUUGAACAUAAGUUUGAAUGUGUUCAUUCUGAGCAGAGCUGGCGUUAUAACCCCAGUUAUAAUAGGGUGUUCACACUUUUGCAACUGCACUAUCUCAGUUGCUUGUUUUUACUUCCCCCUCAAAAAUAUUUCAUUACAAUUUUUCAAUCAAGUUGUACAUGCAAAUAGCUUACAAAGGUGGCAAAAGUUUUGAAAUGAUUAAUCUUGGUCUAUUUUUUUUAUUUCACAAAAGAGAUGUUUUAUAUGGAAUGUUCAUUGCAUGUGCAAAAACUUUUUGUUUUGUUUUUUACUCUGUGGAUUAUUUCUGAUCGUUUUUUUUUCUAUUGUGGAAGUUGUUCAUCAGUAAUAACUGGUGAGAUAAGUUGUUGCAUUAAUCAUAAGCAUUGUGCUCGUGCAAGAUGUGACUUUUUUGCAAGAUGUGUUUUUUGUUGACUGGAUUAUUUCUACUUUGUUUCUACUGUGCAAGGUGGCAGUUAUCGUUUAAACUCAAAUGCGGUUUCACUUGGUUUUCGCAGUGCAGGGCGCAGACACGAGCUUGCCCAUAGUUAUGCUGGUUGCUAGGCGACCGAACCGGAAGUAUCAUGGUACCUUUUCUUGCAUUUUUUUUUUGGGGGGGGGGGGAGACAAGCGUAAUACAAAUGAAAUGUGUGGUUAUGUUAUAUGUUAUGUUUAAGAUAACAUUUACAUCGUUAAAAAUGCUAAAAUCACGCGUUUCUUCCACCUCAACGAACAUAUCAUUAUUGAGGAAACCAAAUUACACUUUUCCAAUGGCGAGUGAAGUCAGUCAAUAUUAUCAAUAACAAAUCGGGAUACAU